AUGGGCGCCAUCCCGCAGAUGGGUGCUGUGGCCGGCCAUCGGCUCAGAGCUGGGUCCAGGCCUCUUCUGAGCAGCUGCCGAGGCCUCGUGUUUUCCACGGAGGUCGUCGAGCGGAGCUGGAGCCCAGGAGAAGCAAGUGGAGGAGGAACACGCUGGCCCGGGCCCCGCACCAGCCAAAUUUUUUCAGAACCGAACGAUUUCCUGAGGCUCACGGGCGUCGCAGUUGGGCUCCGGCCUCGGUGGUGGUGGUGGGCGCCGCCGCGGGGGCUCUGCUCUCCCGGUGCUGCCCGGCAGGACGUGGCCGGGGGGAGGAUUGGCAGCCAGAGGAAACACAGACUGACAAGAACUCAAAGUGCCUUUUCCCCGGUUGUGUUCAGCCCCCUCUUCACAGGUGAAACGGUGUCACUAGUGGACGUGGACAUCUCUCAGCGAGGACUGACCUCCCCUCACCCUCCGACUCCACCACCUCCACCACGAAGAAGCCUCAGCCUGCUAGAUGAUAUCAGUGGGACGCUGCCUACAUCUGUCCUAGUGGGUCCAAUGGGCUCCUCCCUGCAGUCUUUCCCUCUGCCUCCGCCUCCUCCGCCCCAUGCCCCAGACGCCUUCCCACGGAUCGUCCCGCUGAGGCCGAUGGAGGCGAUGCCCGGCCAGCCCGCCCCGCACCUCCAGUGUCCGCUCUACCGCCCGGACUCCAGCAGCUUUGCAGCCAGCUUGCGGGAGCUGGAGAAGUGCGGGUGGUACUGGGGACCGAUGAACUGGGAGGAUGCAGAGAUGAAGCUGAAGGGGAAGCCCGAUGGGUCCUUCCUGGUCCGAGACAGUUCUGACCCCCGUUACAUCCUGAGCCUCAGCUUUCGGUCGCAGGGCAUCACCCAUCACACCAGGAUGGAGCACUACAGAGGGACCUUCAGCCUGUGGUGCCACCCCAAGUUCGAAGACCGCUGCCAGUCUGUGGUGGAGUUCAUAAAGAGAGCAAUCAUGCACUCCAAAAAUGGGAAGUUUCUCUACUUCCUCCGAUCCAGGGUUCCAGGUCUCCCUCCGACGCCUGUCCAGCUCCUGUAUCCGGUCUCCAGGUUCAGCAAUGUCAAAUCCCUUCAGCACCUUUGCCGCUUUCGGAUCAGGCAGCUGGUCCGAAUAGACCACAUCCCCGAGCUCCCGCUGCCCAAGCCCCUGAUCUCCUACAUCUGCAAGUUCUACUACUACGACCCGCAGGAGGAGGUGUACCUGUCGCUGAAGGAAGCUCAGCUCAUCUCCAAACAGAAGCAGGAGACCGAAUCCUCCACGUAGCGAGGCUGCCUCCCCCGUCUUGUUGCUGUCCCUGAUG